AUGUCCGACUUUUCCGAGUUAAAAAGUAUGUUCAGUGACUUUCCAGAAAACUUAACUAAAGAGGAGCUACAAUAUUUAGAACAUCUCCGAUAUAAUUUGUCGAAAAAAUACGAACCUGUUUCCGUUUCAACGGGGAUAUUAACAAUUUUGAUAAUAUUAUAUGGGUCAAUUUCGGUGAUUGCCGUCAUUGGUAACGCUCUAGUAAUAUUUGUAGUGUUGUACAAGAGGAAUAUGCAAACGGUCACCAAUGUCUUUAUUGCUAAUUUGGCACUAGCUGAUGUUGCACUUGGUUUAUUUACUAUACCAUUCCAGUUUCAUGCGGCUAUCAUGCAGCGAUGGGUAGUGGCUGAUUUUAUGUGUAAAGUGGCACCGUUUGUUAAAAACUUAUCGGUCAAUGUUAGCAUAUUGACCUUGACUGUUAUUGCCUUUGACCGAUACAUAGCAGUGAUGUAUCCUUUGAAAGCAGGUUUCCGGAAGCAAGUGGCUUUUAUCGUUCUUCUUGUCAUAUGGGUUUUAAGCAUAUCAUCCAGCAUACCAGACUUACUUUACUAUAAAGUUAACAUAAUUUUUGAUAUUGAAAUAUGGGCAAAGAAACCAUUCUGUGAUGUACAAUGGCCAUCAGAUGCAUUUCCGAAAUUUUACUAUUCGUAUUUCCUUCUUUUGCAAUACGUGGUACCUUUGACAAUCAUAAGUUUUUCGUACAUUCGUGUAGCGUACAGGAUUUGGGGGAGUAAGGCACCCGGAUAUGAAAUACAAAAACGGGAUCACAUAAGGAGUGUCCAUAAGAAAAAGGUAGUGAAGAUGCUCAUUAUUGUUGUAAGUCUGUUUGCCUUUUGCUGGUUACCACUUCAGCUAUAUAACUUCAUAUCAGCAGUUUAUCCCAUUAUAAAUGAAUAUCGACAUAUAAAUAUAGUUUGGUUUUGUUCAAACUGGUUGGCGAUGAGCAAUUCCUGCUACAAUCCUUUCAUUUAUGGACUUUUGAAUGAGAAAUUUAAACGUGAAUUCAAAAACUUAUGCCGACUUUGUACCUGUUGUGGCAGAAAACGGAAGUAUGUUAGUUAUUUCUUUUAUGAUACAUCCGAGGAUAAUAAUCAUAAGACUAGUAUCCUGUUUAAUGGUAGUGAUAGUAGCCAUGCUUUUAGAAAUUCCAGGAAACGGAAGCGAAGCAAUGGUUUUACGAAACCCUACAUUCAAUCAACAAAAAUAUAGACUUUCUUAUAGGAAGAUAAUACC